GCCCCUGCAGACCUUACCUACGUUUUAUCAUGGAAGUAAAUUUAAAAUAAAUAAAUAAAAAGCACAUUCCUUGGGAUGUACUUUUUCCCUUUUAUCAGAUAGACAAGUCUCAACAAAACAAGUAUUGUUUCAGUAAGCUGUUACGUAAAGAAAUGCUCUGACCACAUAUUAAAACAAGUUGCUUCAAGCUGCUUCAGUCUUUUGUGAGCCAUCCUUCAGCCUUCUGCAUUGACUGCUCACAGACAAAGCUCUCAGGCUCAGAAGAAGUUGUUUCAGAAUGGGGACUUGUUGUUUUGGUCUGGAAUGUGCACAUAUUUCUGAAAACAAUUUUAUGGAGAAACAAAAUGCGGUUUGAAGAUUUCAUUUUCAGAGGUACCAGCCUGCUUAUUAACACGAAUAGUCAGUUAUACUACAGUUCUCUAAGAAAACCCAUGGAGCUGAUCAGAUUACUACAAAAGGAAAGAAGAUAACCUUAAUCCUAAGUGCCUUGUCCUGAUGAUGAUGAUUUAAAUUGGACUGGAGAUAAAGAACAAAUACUUGCUUAAUUGAGUCAGAGACUUGGGAAGAUAUGGAUCCAACUAAAGAAAGUCAGGAACCUCCAAAAAAUGUGUUGUAUGUCCUGUAGGAGAGUUUCCUUCAUGGUACUACAUAAAUUGGAUAAUAGCUCAUUAAAUUAAGUGGUGUUUUUCUGACCAAGUAACAAAACACAAAAUACAGGAGAGAAACUGACAAGCACUAUGUUGUGAAAAAAUAAGACUCAAGACUGGUCCCUGAAAUUCAAUUUUAUUCAUGCAAGAUUUGCUAAAACAGCCUAAACUGUGAUUUGACAAGUAGUGUUUGUUUUGGAGAAAACAAUGGCACAGUGCAAAUGUCAGUACAUGCUUUUCCUUGUCUGUUGCACAAUAGCCUCUGUAUGUAUAUAUUUAUCACUGCUGGACACACGGGGACAAGAAUACAAACAACAUGCACAAUGGAGGCAUUUUGUACCAUCAGACAUUGACGUUCAGAGGCCAAAACCUUGUACGUGUGAAAAGUGUGCAUAUAAAAAAGGACUAUCCAACUGGUUUGAUGAACGGUUUGAUCCUGGUGUGAAUCCACUCCUGACCAUCAGUAAUGCUUUCCUUUACAAUGCUGUUAAAAAAUGGUGGCUCAAUUUACAAGGACUCCAUAAAGAAAGCAAUGUGGAUGCCAUUAUGACAAAGCUGUUUGAGGUUGUUCCAAAUACUGAUCCAUACCAGAGUAAGAAUGAAACUCAGUGUAGAAGGUGCGCCAUUGUUGGGAACUCUGGGAACCUAAAAUAUUCCAGUUACGGGGCUAAAAUUGAUUCACAUGAUUUUGUUAUGAGAAUGAACCGAGCCACGACUUCAGGUUUUGAAAAGGACGUGGGUAACAAAAGCACCCAUUAUUUCAUGUACCCUGAAAGUGCCCAUCACCUCCCACCUGGGGUCCACUUUGUGCUCAUUCCCUUCAAACCACUGGACAUGGAAUGGAUUGUUAGUGCACUUACUACAGGAAAUAUCAAAUUUACAUAUGUCAGAGUUGUAUCGAAGAUUCAUCUUGACCAAGACAAGGUGAUGAUCCUGAAUCCUGCUUUUUUAAAGUAUAUCCAUGAUAAUUGGACAAAUCAUCACGGGAAGUAUCCGUCCACUGGAAUGAUUGCAAUACUUUUUGCAUUACACAUCUGUGAAGAAGUAUCUGUAUUUGGCUUUGGUGCAGACAGAAAAGGAAGCUGGCAUCACUACUGGGAAAACAACAAGCAUGCUGGAGCAUUCCAGAAAACAGGAGUGCAUGAUGCAAAGUUUGAAAUGGAAAUUAUCAGAAAGUUAGUUGAGGAAGGAAAGAUUACUUUUUACAAUGAAACCAAUGUGAAAUAUUGAAAUACAGUAUUAACUUUGUUUAAACAGAGUUGAAGGUUAUAUCUGAUUUCUUAAGGUGCCAAGUUAAUUUUGUGAAACUUAUCAAAAUAAAUAUAAUAAAAGGUA